AUGAUUAAAGAGACAGGCAAACCUAAUUUAGAUUUAAUUUAUGAAAUUCUAUGGCAUCAUUUCCUAAUUUCUUCGUUUCAUAUGAGACAAAGAAGAAAAAUAGGUUAAAGUUAAUAUUACACCUUGCAAAUAAUCAAAAUUCUAAGAUAGUAAAUUAUUUAUUUAAAAUAGUUUGAUUCAACUGCAGAAUAUGAUUUAGAUAGACUUGAAAAAUAACAUAUAUUAAAUGCAAAAUUAUGUGAUAGCUCAUUUUUCUUUUUUCAUAUUUGAUAUGGAAUAAUAGAUUGAAAUUUAAGAAAAUUUUUUAUAUUUCAAUAAAUAAUUCUAUUUGCUUAAAAAUAUAAUCGAACUUUUUAUAUGUUUCCUCUUUGCCUAAUCAAAUUAUUCGAGUUUAUGUCUCAGCUCUGUUUACCAUAAUGAAGAUUUCCUCCUCAAUUCAAUAGUUGACAAAACAUUCGGUUCUCUUUCUAGUCUCAGUAGUUAGGAUGUGAAAUUUAUCAUUACAAUUAACUUCACAAAUAGUAGUAUGCAUAAGUAUAAAAAUAGGGUUAGAUUGA